UUGGUGAGAGACCUGCUCAGAAGCAUAGUGACGUUGUCACGCUAUUGUGAUAUAUAAAUACCAGCGCAGCAGCCAGCCUCCCUCUCCAAAUGGACUAGCCGAAAAGCUCCAGAUGAAUUAACUGCAUUCCCACCUUCAAAUGAAUUCUGCACCCUGCAGAGCUGGAGCUUGCUGUUUUACUUUGCUAACAGUAAACUACACAUUCAUCACAAUCAAACAAGAUACUUUGAUUUGAUAUGAAAAUGUAUCUUAGUUUACAUAACAAUAAUGAUUAGAUUGUGGGCGUUUUGAGAUCAGCAAAGAUGCAACAACGGAUUAUUGAGUGUGUGCUGCUCCCGCUUGGAAUUGAGACGAGGACUUGUUGACUUGAUCGUUGUGUAACAUAGUCAACGUUUCGUUGCUUUGAUACAAGUCUUUAACAGCACCACGUCGAUAAAGGCGCGCGUCUGAAGUGGAAAAGACAUGGAAAUGCGCACAGCGCGAACGGCUAAACUCGGACGUGCCAUGGACAGUGUAUGAAACGCUCAGCCUUAUGGGCCAUUUCCUGAUUCAUCUCCCUGACCUCCACCCCCACCCCCACCUUCCCGCUAUGAAUCCCCAAGACUGCACCUCCAUCCCUGGGGAUUUCAACCUCUCCUCCUCCAGGGGCUACUCCACAGUCACCAACCUCUUCAUGAACGAGUCCGGCGAGAGCGCUCCCUUCCAGGACAGCAGCACCGUUAUCACCGCAGUAAUCUCUAUGACUGUAUUCAUGGUGGGCCUCCUGGGCAACACGCUGGCCAUCUAUGUGGUCCUGCGCUAUGCCAAGAUGAAGACUGUCACCAACAUGUACCUUCUGAACUUAGCCCUGGCAGAUGAAUUGUACAUCUUAGGACUUCCCUUCCUGACCACCCAGAACGUGCUCUCUUAUUGGCCGUUCGGGCAGUUUCUGUGCCGCGUGGUCAUGACGGUAGACUCCAUCAACCAGUUCACCAGCACCUUCUGCCUGACCGUGAUGAGCAUUGACCGCUACCUGGCCGUGGUGCACCCCAUUCGGAGUGUCAAGUGGCGGCAGCCGAAGGUGGCUAAGAUCAUAAACGGGCUGGUGUGGGUGGUGUCGUUCGUGGUGGUGCUGCCGGUCACCAUCUACUCAGAUGUUCAGGACCGCUUCAACUCGUGCAACAUGAGCUGGCCUGAUCCCCAGGAGCUGUGGUCAACGGUCUUCAUCCUCUACACGGCCAUCUUGGGCUUCUUCGUCCCCCUGCUGAUCAUCUGCCUCUGCUACCUGCUCAUCAUCAUCAAGGUGAAGUCUGCCGGGGCCAGGGCGGGCCUGACCAGGCGGCGCCGCUCCGAACGCAAAGUCACCCGCAUGGUGGUCAUCAUCGUGGUGGUCUUCGUCAUCUGCUGGCUGCCCUUCUUCACCACCAACAUAGUCAACCUCGUCUUCAUCAUACCAGAGAACAGUGUCACCGCCGGCGUCUACUUCUUCCUGGUCAUCAUGACCUACGUCAACUCCUGUGCCAACCCGCUCCUCUACGGCUUCCUGUCUGACAACUUCAAGCAGAGCUUCAGGAAGGUCCUGUGUCUCCACAAGGCGAACGGGGUUGGGGUGGGGGACGGAGGAGACAUGGGGAGUGGAGGGGGACGUCCCAUAUCCCCUAGGCUGGAGAGGGUGGAGACGACGCAGCAGCAUGACCCGCUCUUCACCCCCCGGAUCAUGGACUUCAACAAUGGACACAUGCAGAACAACCAAGUAGUGUGUUCAAAUUGAGACUUGUGCCAACAUGACGACGGAGCUUCUGCCCUUAGAGAGCCCAGUGAUUGAUCAGUCUACGCUAUGAUGAGGCCUGAUAGGUCAGUCUACGCUAUGAUGAGGCCUGAUUGGUUAGUCUACGCUUUGAUAAUCCCUGAUUGGUCUGUCUACGCUUUGAUGAGCCCUGAUUGGUGAGUCUACACUUUGAUAAGCCCUGACUGGUUAGUCUAUGCUUUGAUGAGCCAAGCCACCUCCCUCUCCAUCACGACAAACAAUCCAUCAUUGGGAGCCCUCCCACUGUCAACUCAUGUAGCUCUUGACCAAUGACCUGUUUCGGAUGAUACAGGAAGAAGAGGUACAUGGGACUUCAAAGAACACUUCCUGUUCUGACACUACACUGAACGAUUUCUGCGAUGACACCUCUCCUAUUUGUCAGUAUAAUCCUCAGACAUUUACAGCGCAUUGCACCACUUGAAGGGGCUGGGGGGAGGACGGCUCAUAAUAAGGGCUGGAACGGAGCGAAUGGAAUGACAUCAAACACAUGGAAACCAUGUUCAAUGUAUUUUUUAUACCAUUCCACUGAUUCCGCUCCAGCCAUUACCACAAGCCCGUCCUCCUCAAUGACGGUGCCACCAACCGCCUGUGCAUUGCACCAGCUUGGUGUCAUGGAACCAGCAAGAGCACAUUCUUCCAUGUACUUUAUAGAUUCCUUACAUAUACUAUAAGGAAAUCAUAUUUUUUAGACUGUGAAUGGGUAGAAACUUGCCCUAGAUUAAAAUGCCCUAGAAAAGGAACCUGAGUAUUCCCUUCACUUUAUAUGAACUGGAUCAUUUGAUUUCAUCAGAAAUGUUGUGAAUUGAAAUGGAUUGUCGUCUUUGUGAGCUUGGAACUUUCUGUAUGUAGGUAUGUACUGGGCCUUCAUCACUAUGUAGGUAAGGCCAUGACGGGAACGUACUACACACACUGUCUAUGACCCUUGUCCAUUUGUCACUAUGAUCACCUGUAACAAGUCCCAAAGGCUCAUAAUUCCCACCUGUGGACUCAUGGAUGGUUUCUGCUCUGGACAAAGUUAGUUCAAGCUGGGAUGACCAAUGAAAUGGUACUAGAGGAAACCUGCAUUGUGGAAAAAGAACACUGUCCCCGAACAGAGAGAAUGAUGAUAAUGAUGAUGUCAAUCAAAUAGAUGAAUCUGGCGUACAGUACUCACUGUAUCUAUGGCAUAAUGUUAUAACUGAGGAUCCUAUUCAUAUUAUUGAUACAUUAUUGUUAUUUGUUGGGUAUUAUUGUUAUAAACUUGGGUAGUUGUUCCAAGUGUUUUGGUUAUUUUAAUGCGUUUAUUUGUGAUUAAUGGAUCCCCUUGACCUUUUAUUGGAGAUUGAAGCACUGAUGCAACUUCAUUUUGCUUGACCUUGCCUGAGGUCAUGUUCUUUAGGCACCAUAUGGAAUAAAACGGGCUGAAACAGGGAGGGACUACCUCCUAGACUAAUGUCCAGUAAGAUACACAGAUGUUAAUUUCACCUUUUGAAUUGUUUUCCCUUGCAUGCCCUACUGAACAAUCUGCGUACAACAGCAUAGUCGUCGCUGGCUGAUGGAAAGCACUCAUCUCCAAAACACAUUUCUUCAGGAAAUGGAAGAAAUGACCAUAUUGUCCCAUUAUUGAACAUACAAUUCUGGAACUUCAGGAGCUAUUUUGAAUACAUUGUCUUGGUCCUAGAGUCAUUAAAUUUUCAGAGUACAUUGAAAGGAGUUACUGCUUUCAAUUAAAUAAAAAAAUGUAAAUGGCAAAAAUGGUGUUUUCAUCAGACAGUGAUUAAUCUGCUGUACACACAUGCAGUAUUUUAUGGAUGAGCUUUAACUGUAUUGAUUUCAAUGAGCACACAAUCCACACUGACUGUCUUACAGUCAUAUAUGACAGGGUCAAGAUUUAUACAGUAAGUUAUUAUCUGUGUAUUCUACUCUGGGAUUACACCGUGGUCAAGUAAAUGUCAAAAAAGUUGCUGUUACUUAUGCUAAUUAUUUUAAAUAAUACCAUAGCAUUAUUGCUAAUGUGUACCAUCUGGACAUGUGUUCAAAAUGUUUCAUUUCAGUGUUAUUGUUUUAAUAAAAUGACAAAAUACAAUUGGUUCGAUCAAUAUG